ACCUACCGCCGAUAGUUUAUUUAUGUUCACAUUUCCAUCAAUGAUCUACAAAAGGCUGCAAUAGCCGCCGACGUCCCAAUCGCUCUCUUUGAAAAACCUGCCGUCCGCAGAGUGUCAUUUUCUACCGGCGAAAUUCCGUUAGGGUUCAUCUCGAUCCUCUACCGCUCGGCGACGCUCAGAAAAAAUGUGUUCGUUGCAGAGAAGAGGGAAUAUCUUUCUUCUAACCCUAACUGGUCCCGGUGAGCACAGACUCAAUCUCAAUCUUCUAGAUGCUAUUCAAUCCUCUGUUCGUCAAGUUCGCUCUGAGGCUGAAUCCGCUGUUGUCGCUGGAAAUUCCGCUAGUUUCGCCCUAAUCACCACCGCAGAAGGUAAGUUCUUCUCUAAUGGCUACGAUAUCGAUUGGGCGAAGAGCUCAAUGGAUAAAAUGAUUCUGAUGGACGAUAAGUUAAAAUCUGUCGUAUCCGACCUAAUCACGCUUCCGAUGCCGACGAUCGCCGCCGUUACCGGUCAUGCGUCGGCCGCCGGCUUCCUUUUCGCGAUGAGUCACGAUUACAUCCUGAUGAGGAGAGAUCGUGGAUUUCUGUACAUGAGCGAACUCGACAUUCGUCGAGUGAUUCCGUCGUGGUUUACGGUUCUGGUCAAGAGCAAAAUAGGAACAGCGUCUGUUCGACGCGACGUCGUUUUGAAAGCGCCGAAACUGACGGCGGAUAGGGCUCUGGAAAUGGGAAUUAUUGAAUCGGCGCACGAUGGUGCGGCGGAGACCGUCACAGCUGCCGUGAAAUUGGCGGAGGAAUUGGUGGCGAGGAAAUGGGACGGCCACAUUUACGCCGGGAAUCGGAUGGAGCUUCUCUCUGAGGUUCUGAAUGUCAUUGGAGCCCGUUGCUCCGUUGCAAAGCUCUGACGCCAAUUCGGUGGCAGACUGACAGGGGAUGGGUGGGUUUUAUCGUCUAUGUUGGUAAAAUUAAAUGCAUUAAAUAUAUGUAAACCCUAAAUGUAC